AAGUACCAACGGAAACGCCGAAGAAGGCUACAAACCCUUCUGGGGGAGCUUUUCUUUGGUGGGGGACGCUCAGAUCAGAGGCGGGCAGGGCAAUAUGGGCAGGGGACUGCCUGACCUGGUCUGUUCUGGGCUGUUGGCGUUUGCUAGCCACUAUCGAGAUGCUGCAUGUAAUGAAUGGGAUGCAGGAAGAGUGCCAGGAUUAAAGGACGAGGGCCUCAAUGGCGUCAUGGAACAUACAGGAAACACGGGCUUGUAUAUAAUGCUCAGCAACCAUGAGUGGUAUCUCCUCCGAAUCCCUCCACGUUAA